AUGGAAUAUAGAUAAUCAGCACAAUAAUAAAAAACAAAAGAUGCAAAUGAGUUGACUGGUAAACCAUCCAACUAAAUAUGGUUCAGUGAUGAUAAAGGAAGAUACUUUUUAAUCGAUGGUAAUGGUAAAAAAGUAAAAUGUAACAACGGAGGGCAAUUACUUCCCAAAUACAAUCCACAGUUAACAGGCUAUGCUACUUUCAACUAAAGAACAGAUUUUUUAAAUACAAUCACUGUAGAGGAUAAAGAUGCUGAAUCAUAGGAACUUGUCCUUUCUCCUACCUAAAGUCUAAAAUUUUUACAUGAACCUCCAAAGAAUACAUACCUUCCAUCCCUAAAUAAGUUUGAAGGCUAUACAUAAUUUAGAAUGCCUCUAAUGAAAAGACAAGAGCUGAUAGAUUAGAACUCAAAGAAUUAAUAAAAAGAAUAAUCUAAUAAAGUAUAUAAUCUUCCUAGAAAAGCUGGAAAAUCUAAAUAAAGAAAUAUUACGAAAGAUAGAAGUGGAUAAAUGUUUUAAACACUUCCCACAAUUAUUGAUGAUCCAAGAUAAGAAAUUUUCUCUGAGGGAGGCAGGAUUUAAAAUGAGGAUGAGAAUUAUUCAAAGUCACCAAUUGAUCGUGAAGGGAAAUUGUUGAACCGUAAAAAUAUAUCAGGUCUUUAUAAAUCCUAUAAGAACUAAUCAAGCAAGCCUGUAGAUUAUUUCUAGCAAACAAGAUAGUAUUAAUAGACUACUGAAAAUGCUAAUAGAGUUUUGGAAUAGUAUGGAAAUUACUUGUCAUAGUCGAUUUCUGGUAAAUUACGCAGGAAUUUUUAAACAUCACCAUCAGUUGCUACAUUUAAUGAUACUAGAUCGAGCACUGAUUUGAUCAGGGAAUCUGCUUUAAGUGCAUUGAAUGAGAAGUCUUUGGCAAGAGAAAGCUAGAAGAAAAUUGCUGAAAUAUCCUUAAAAAUCAUUAGUCAUUAGGAUAAUCAAUAAGAUAUGAGAUCACCUCCUACAAUUACUUUAAAGAAGAAUUCUAGCUAGCCUGGUAGAAUAAUGAACAGAAGAAAGUCCAAUGAUCCAUUUAGAAGAGAUAAAUCAAAAGAGGAUACUAUUAGUAAAAUUAAUAGAUCCCCUGACUCACGAUUAUAGAUGUCAGGAAGCAUCAACAAUUUUGCUACUCUCUUUUCAUCUCAAAAGAUUCUAGGAGGAUCUCUAAAUAGUCAAUAGUAAAGUUAAGAUAUGACAAUGUAAACAAGCUAAUAAAAUGACAAUCCGGAGCGAUAUUCAUCUCUCAGAUACAAAAACUAUUCAGACCUAAAAACAAUAAAAUAAUUAGGUUAGACUAUUUAGGAUUAUCAGUAAUUAAGAGCAAAGAACAAAGACAAAAUUACUGGUUUUAUGAUCUCUUCACCGAGAUAAGAGUUCGAAAAGGAACUUCAGCAGGAUAAUAUGAGAAUCCUAUUGCAAGAGGACAAUGAAAAUCUUGGCUAAUUUUCUGGAAUGAAUUAAAGAGAAUACAUGGGGAGGUCUAUCUCGCCAAAGAUUAAAUCAGUAUUGGACUUCAACAAUCCAUUUAAUCUAGUCCAGUUACCUGAUACUAAAGAGGACCAUUUACAGAGACUUAGAGAAUUAGCAGAACUUAAAAAAAGCACAACUGGCCUAUUUAAUGAUUCCAUAGAGAGAAUGAGGGAUCCUGGAGAGCAUUGGAAAAUAGACCGUUUGCAAAUAUUAUAUUCGAAUCCACAUGCUUAGAUGAUACUAAAGAAAUAAGAAAAUUUUGAACUUUAGAAAGCAAAAAGAAAAAAGCAGCAAAAAAAGCUCUAAGCUAUGGCCAUAGAGUAGGAUAUCAAAACUGAAGAGCGCAAAAUCUAUAAGAAAUUUGUUAAAUACUGA